AUGGGUGCUCAGGCAAAGCGUGACUCCAGCUUUGCGUCCAAUCGUUUGACGAAAAGGAAUGCGCCAAAGGGUCAUCUCCUCUCGACUUUCCAGAACAAACAACCCGAUGUCAAGCCCGAACCCACAAGUCAUGCGACAAAAUCACAAAACGAAAACAAUGUCGAAUAUCCCGAAGCUCCCUUGGGUUCUUCCUCGCCCCUAAGUUCCGUCCAGGAUGUUGAACUCUCCGAUGUGCCCAGCGAACCCCCAGCCAUGGAAAUCGCUCUCCCGAGUACGGAACUUGGGACAAGGCUGGGACCCGGCACAGAUGACGAGCCUUUAAGCUCUGAGGAAUAUUUUAGUGAAAGCGAUGCAUCUCCGCCCCGCAAGGAGGUAAAUUAUAUGACAUUGGAGCAAAAGCUGGCGACAGACACGGAUUCGCCGCGUGAUUCGCGCGGCAAACUCGCGCGCACUAUGAGUGAUAUGAUGGGCGACAGCGAUGGAGAUGACUUCAUCUCCUCCUGGGGCUCGUCGCAAACCAAACGCGCGAAAAUCAACACAUACAAGACGAAAAAUACUUAUUUUAACCGGCCGGCCUUUGCUAAACCAGCGGAGAGCCCGAAAGCCAAUGCCAAGGAAGACUCAAAAACUAAGACGACACCGAAAACCAAGGGAGCCGCUAAAUCCAAGGGUACUUUAAAGAUCAGGGCACCGAAAGCCAAAAAAGCUCCACCUGUUGAGGAGCCGGAAACACCAGAGGAUUCAUUCAUUGUUCCCAAAGACAUCAUGAGUCCGAGUUCCAGACCUCCAAACAGACUGAACACACCCGAGACAUCAUCGAAGGGGUAUGACGCGCUAUAUAACAGCGGGGCAGACUCACCUCUCUCGUCAACAUCCUCGACUUUCUUUAAGGGAAUGGAACUCGAGAAGGAACCAUCACCACCACGGGAGUCCCUAUGUCCAAUGUGCAAAAAGAAAGUCGAUCCUGAGAUCCUGGCAAACUUCCAAUCACAACCGAAACAGCGAAUUCGCGAACAGCAACGAUUCUGCGAAACUCAUAAGAUACGCGACGCAGCGGAACAAUGGGAACAGCGUGGAUACCCUGUUAUCUCAUGGGAGAAAUUCGAGAUUCGUGUCCAAGAAAUGUUCCCUGAAAUCGAAAAGCUGCUGGUUCCAGAUGCUCCUUCUUAUUAUCGGAAUACCCUUGAUGGAUUCUUGGCAGAAGGGAAGUUCAAGAACUUCCGUUUGACAAUUGAAGGAAAAGAGCUCGAGGUCAUAACAUGUGGUUACUAUGGCACCAGGGGUGCGAGCCAUAUUUUGGAUGCUCUCGUCGAUCGAUUCUCUAGAUCACUGCGUCGCUUGUCGGCGACGGAUCGACUCGUCAAGACAGCUGGCGUGGCGGGCUAUGCGCAGUGUGUCCUUGUGCCUGAGUUAGCUAUGCGGCUCGUGAAACAGGACAUGAGCGUCGAUGAUGAGGGUGCUCGCCAGAUAAUGCGAGAAAGUAUGCAUAUUGGACAGAGACUUCACCCGGAGGGCAAUGAUGUUGUACCUGUUGCAGCUGGAUUUGAGGGUAUCACUGCUCAAAGUGAUGAAGAUGAGGAAGAUGAAAAAGAAGGGGAGGAGGAGGAAGACGAGCUGGAUGAAGACGACGAGACGGGCGAUGGCGAAGAGAACGAGCACGGCGAGCACACCGAUGAUGUGGAGUGA